CGCUGCGGCACUGAACAGACAGACCUCCGCGCAGCAUCAACGGUGCUCUAGUCCCCUCUACGCAGAACUUAUUUAACUAGAUAACUACCUAUUGUCAGGAUGUCUCAUCAGUACCCAGCUCUGACCACAGAGCAGAAGAAGGAGCUUCAGGAGAUAGCAGAGAAGAUCACGGCUCCGGGGAAAGGAAUCCUGGCUGCAGAUGAGUCCACCGGCAGCAUGGGUAAGCGUCUCAGCCCCAUCGGGGUGGAGAACACGGAGGAGAACCGCCGUCUGUAUCGCCAGCUGCUGUUCACGGCUGAUGAGAGGAUGGAUGCUUCUAUUGGAGGAGUGAUCUUCUUCCACGAGACCCUCUACCAGAACACUGAUGAUGGGACUAACUUCUCCCAGCUCAUCAAGGACAGGGGGAUAGUAGUGGGCAUCAAGGUGGACAAAGGUGUUGUCCCAUUGGCCGGGACCGAUGGGGAGACCACCACCCAGGGUCUGGACGGUCUGGCAGAGCGUUGUGCUCAGUAUAAGAAAGAUGGAGCAGACUUCGCUAAAUGGCGUAGCGUCCUGAAGAUCAGCGACAACACCCCCUCAGAACUCGCCAUCAUGGAGAACGCCAACGUACUGGCACGCUACGCCAGCAUCUGUCAACAGAACGGCAUCGUUCCCAUCGUGGAGCCUGAGAUCCUUCCUGACGGAGACCAUGACCUGAAACGCUGUCAGUAUAUCACUGAGAAGGUUCUGGCUGCUGUGUACAAGGCUCUGUCAGACCACCAUGUCUAUCUGGAGGGGACCCUGCUGAAGCCCAACAUGGUGACGGCCGGACACUCCUGCCCCCAAAAAUACACUAGCGAGGAGAUCGCCAUGGCUACGGUCACGGCCCUCCGCCGCACCGUACCCCCAGCUGUCACAGGUGUGACGUUCCUAUCAGGGGGCCAGUCAGAGGAGGAGGCCAGUAUUAACCUGAAUGCUAUCAAUACCUGUCCUCUGGGGAAACCCUGGGCCUUGACCUUCUCCUAUGGUCGUGCCCUGCAGGCCUCAGCCCUCAACGCCUGGAGGGGAGAGAGAGACAAUGAGAAGGCUGCUGCCGAGGAGUUCCUUAAACGGGCUGAGGGGAAUGGUCUGGCUGCCCAGGGGAAGUAUGAGUCGACAGGAGAGAGCGGAGCGGCGGGACAGUCUCUCUACGUGGCCAAUCACGCGUACUGAACACCCCAGGCCACGCCCACAUCCCAACCACCGCUGCAGCCCCUCCCCUCACCCACCAACCCCAGGCCUGCGCUGUCUACCGUAUAUUAGAAACACCAUCGUUGUCAUGGCAACAUACCGAUGCGGUUAAUAUGAGUAUUAAUUAGUAGGAGAGUUGAUGAAGAUGAUGGUGAUUAUAUAAGGAUGAUGAAGGGAGAGAGAGGGAUAUCACUAUCUGUGUGGUAUCAUGAAGAAGCUUUAUUUAGUUAAAAGUCCCAAAUGGAACCCUAUUCCCUAUAUAGUGUACUACUUUUGACCUGGUCUCGUCUAGUAGUGCGCUGAAUAGGGAUUAGGGUGCAUUUGGAACACAGUAAAUUGUUGUGCUCUAACAGUAGAUAGAUCCACCGUCUCUCAACCAACCCAAUACUGCUACACUAAAACAUUACCUGGCAGCCGGACCAAUCACAGACUAGAUUGCAUCAGACAGUGACCAACCAGAGAGAAUAUAAGAUCAGAUAGGGACCAAUCAGAUACUAGAUUACAUCAGACAGACACCAGGGUGUGAAGUGUUGAGACAGUUAGGAAUGGAUAAGAAGAGAGGAGAGAGAGAGAGGGGAGGGAGAGGGGGAGGGAGAGAGAGGAGGGAGAGAGAG